AUGAAUCGACUUACGAAAGAACAACGCUUGCAAAUUAUUGAACUUUACUAUCAAAGUUCUUGCUCGGUUAAGAGAGUGCAUCGAGCACUGCUCCCAAUUUAUCGGCAAUUUGGUCGACCUACUGAGGGAGCUAUUCGGAAGCUUGUGACUAAAUUUCGAACCCAGUUUACAUUACUGGACAUUAAACCACCAACACGCAGACGUAGAGUGAGGACUGAAGAAAGUAUUGCGGCUGUAUCCGCCAGUGUUAGUGAUGACCGUGAAAUGUCGAUUCGCCCCCGUUCGCAGCAAUUGGGCCUCUGUUACUCCACUACGUGGAAAAUUUUGCGACAGCAUUUGGGUGUAAAACCUUAUAAGAUACAGCUGGUGCAAGAAUUGAAGCCACACGACCUCCCACAACGUUUCCAAUUUGGUGAAUGGGCGCUGGCAAAGUUGGAGGAAGAUCCACAUUUUUAUCGAAAAAUUGUGUUCAGCGACGAAGCUCAUUUCUGGUUGAAUGGGUACGUUAACAAGCAAAAUUGCCGCAUCUGGAGUAAAGACCAGCCAGAAGCAUUGCAAGAGCUACCAAUGCAUCCCGAAAAAAUAACUGUUUGGUGUGGAUUAUGGGCCGGUGGCAUCAUCGGGCCAUACUUCUUCAAAGACGACAAUGGCCGGAACGUAACUGUGAAUGGCGAGCGCUACCGUGCGAUGAUAACAAACUUUUUUUUACCCAAAAUGGAAGAGCUGGACUUGUGUGACUUGUGGUUUCAACAAGACGGCGAGUUCGGUGAACAGUUUAUCUCACGUUUGGGGCCCGUCCAUUGGCCGCCUAGAUCGUGUGAUUUAACGCCGUUGGACUAUUUCUUGUGUCGCCAUGUUAAGGCUAAUCUUCGAAAAAUCAACCCCGAAAGAAGAAUCAUCCUCCACCAAGACAAUGCAAGCUCGCACAGAGCCCAAAAAACAAGGCAGUAUUUAACGGAAGAAAACGUGGAAUUAUUGGACCAUCCUGCACAUAGUCCCGAUCUAAGUCCUAACGAUUCCUUUACUUUCCAGAAAAUUAAAAACAGACUGCGUGGUCAAAGGUUUCAGUCACCAGAAGAAGCAGUUGACUCAUUCAAAAAUGCCGUUUUGGAUCUGCCAGAAAACGAGUGGAAUAAGUGCUUAGAAAAUUGGUUCGAGCGCAUGCAGAUUGCUUUAACGGCUAGAUGGAUUUAA